GCGAUCCAUGCUCGUGUACCGUCCCGUCCCUCCCGCUCCCGCAGCCGCCGCCGCCGUUCAAAGCGCAAUUUGUCUGGGCCGCACCAAUCGCGCUCUGCGGCCGAGGCUCAGCCAAUGGGAGCGCGGCGCGCAGCCCGCCGGCCAAUGGGAGCACGGCGCGCAACCCGCCGGCCAAUGGGCGCGCGUUAUUCUAAUCGGGCCCGUCUUUAUCAGAGAAAUGUUGGCGCUGAUCGCACCCAAGUUGAGGGUCCGGGGCCGGAGCCACAGCGAGGUCAGCGGGCGUUCCCCGGGCUGCCCGCGGCCCCGGCCCCGCCGCCAUCCCUGUGCCAGCCAGGCACCACGGCCAGAGCGGCUCUGGGGCUCCGCAGCCCCCAGGCCGGUGGUGAUGGGUCGGCCGUCGCACCUCCGGGGUUCCGGGCUUUGAGGCCGCCUCGGUGCUAGAGCGAUGGAUGCCAACCUGCCAGGCACCUUCCUGCUCAACGGCCCCUCGCUGGGCCCCUUCCCCGAGGCCAAGGCGCCUGUUUGCCAGUACUCAGUGCAGAGCUCCUUCUACAAGCUGGGGCCGCCCGGUCUGGGAGCGCAGCUGGCUGCAGGCACCCCGCACGGCAUCUCGGACAUCCUGGGCCGGCCCGCGGCCACCGCCGGCGGCGGCCUCCUCCCCGGCUACCCGCACGCGGGCGGACUGAACGGACUGAGCUCCCCGAGUGUCUAUUACGGGCCCCAGGUGGGCGCUCUCCCCAAGGCCGGCGGCGAGUACCCGCCGCGGGCCCGGAGCUGCUGGGCGGAGGCGGCCCCGGAGUGGCGGGCCCGGCAGUGCGGCGGCCCCCCUGCUCACUUGGCUGACAGCAUCCACAAGAAGAAGCACACGCGCCCAACCUUCACGGGACACCAGAUCUUUGCUCUGGAGAAGACUUUUGAGCAGACCAAGUACCUGGCGGGUCCGGAAAGAGCACGGCUGGCCUAUUCUCUUGGCAUGACUGAGUCUCAGGUGAAGGUCUGGUUCCAGAACCGACGGACCAAAUGGAGGAAGAAGAGUGCCCUGGAGCCCUCCUCAUCCUCGCAGCAGGCGGGGGGCUCUGGCGGAGAGCGGGCGGCCUCUGAGACCGAGGACGAUGAGUACAACAAGCCCCUGGACCCAGACUCAGAUGACGAGAAGAUCCGGCUGCUGCUGAGGAAGCACCGUGCAGCCUUCUCAAUGCUGGGCUUGGGCACGCACAGCGGCUAGCUGCAGCACAGGCUGCCCCUCUGGGCUGGGAGUGGCUCUGUCACCUCUGUCCUGCCGGGGUGGCUCCCCACAGCAGCAGGUGCUGGGCUUUGGGGUGAGCUGGUGACAGCCCGAUGGGGAGCAUGGCUUGCAGGGCUGGGAGGAGCACAUCUGGUAGCAUCAGGUGCAGCUGUGUUAUGGGCAUUGAUGAAAUAAAGGUCCUAGUCAAGUCCCA